CAUAACGGCGGGCGGCGCUGCCGGGCGCGGGCGGCCAUGGCGGCGGGGCGGCUGCCGGCGCUGUGGCUGUUCCUCUUGGCCGCUUUGCUGCUGGGGGGUAUGGCGGGACCCGGCGUUUGGGCAGCCCGCAGCCGGGGAGCCGAAAAACAAAACAGUUUCCGCCGAGCUGCCAGCGGCCUCUACCAAGGCGUCAGCGGCCUCUUCGGCGAGGACAACGUGCGGGCCCUGCAGAAGUUUUUCUCAAGGUUGACAGAAAGGUUUGUCAAUGGGGUGGAUAUAUUAAUGGACACAUUCUGGAGAAUAUGGACUGAUUUGUUAGAUGUUCUUGGAAUUGAUGCCUCCAACUUGACUCAUUAUUUCAGCCCAGCAGCAAUUGCCAACAACCCGACCCGUGCUCUUCUGCUGAUUGGUGCCAUUUUACUUGCCUAUUGGUUUUUAUCUCUCUUCCUUGGAUUCUUCUUCUAUCUCCUGCACAUGCUGUUUGGUCGCUUUUUCUGGAUUGCAAGGGUUGCCCUUUUCACUCUCUCGUGCGUGUACAUCCUCCAGAAGUACGAAGGUGACCCAGAGCACGCAGUCCUGCCUCUCUGCUUUGUUGUAGCAGUCUACUUCAUGACGGGGCCAGUUGGAUUUUACUGGAGAAGAAACAGCAACAGCAGCCUGGAGGAGAAGAUGGACCACCUGGAUAGUCAGAUCAGACUUCUGAACAUACGUCUCUCUCGGGUGAUUGAAAACCUGGACAGAGGCGGUGACCAGUGAACCAACCCCUAUAGACCACUGUACACCAGCUCUAGGAAAUUCCUAAGCACUGUCUCAUUCGAAGUUACAAAGCAACAAAACGUCACAUGGUAAAAAGUGGGCAAAGUUAUAACUUUUCAUCAUGUGUAAGACUAAUUUAUCUAGAUUAUACACUCAGCCAUUAUACUUGUAGGAAAAAAAAAACGACAAACAUUUAAAAAUUCAGCUGUAUAUUCAGAGAGUUUUAUCCAGUACUAGAAUUUUCUCAGUAGAGAAACGCUUACUUUUACAAGCAUUUAAAAACAUCUUUUGUAAAGUUUUUAUAAAAGCAAAUUGAGUAGUCUUUCAAAUAUUGAAAUUGAGCUAAACGUAUGCAAAUUUGAGACUUUAAAAGUUAAAAAGAAAAAAAAAAAUAAUCUCAAGCUACCAAACACUUCCAUUGAGAAGUAACUGCUGUGGGUCCACAUUUUUUUUUUUCAAAGUUGCGAAUGUUUUUGUUUUAUUGUUGGCUUAUUUCAUUGCCUUGAAGUUGCCUUUCAUAGAGUAUCAGAUGAGGAAUUUUCUGGUAUCCAGGCCAAAAAAUUUGCACCGUAGCUUUUAAUAGGAGGUGGGGAAUAAGGGAGAAGGAAGAUUUCAUAAAUUUGAAGUCCUUAAAUGCCAGUCCAAUAUGAGGAAUUGAGAAGUGCACGUGUGGCAUUAUUUCAUUGUAUUUCAUCUCGAGAACUUUAGUUUGGUGUCUGAAAGGAAAUCUGUUUUAAUAAAUUAACACAAAAGGAAGAGAUGUAGUGUGGCAAAUUGUAAUUCAUAUUUGAUCUUCACAGUUAAGCAUUUGCCAAGCAUAAGUGCAUAGAAUGAAACAUGUUUUUUAAUCUCAGGACCCAUGUACUUUCUCAAAAGAGGCAGCAGUUAAAACUCUUGCAAAUAUAUUGUUGCUUAGAGCUUUCUCAGGACCAAUAAGCGGCAAUAAAUUAUCUUCAGGAAGAUCUGGAUCUUUUUCUAAAAUUGUAAUAGUUUUAUAGGAGCUUUUUGCUUGAAGUCUGUGUCCUCACUAUACUGGGUUUGGGGGAAAGUGGGUCACCUUAUGAGAAGGGUGUAUUGAACGGCUGUAUUUGAGUCACAGGAGCUUUGAAGCAAUUUUUUUUUGAAGGAUUCUAUGUAUUUGUAACCUUAGAAUUGAUUAGCUUGGUAGACCAUCACUGGCUUUGUAAGGUUUGCUGAAAUGCAUUGAAACAAAGGGAACCUCAGGGAAGAAAGUCGGAUAAGUGGUGCCGCUUGGUAACCUACAGGAUCCGAGGAUAUAAAAAGGGGGAGGGAGGGGAAGCGUCUGAACCAUAGUGAUGAGCACAGUAUCAAACCCACCAGAGGUAAAAUGGACCACAGCUGAUGAACCACCUAUUCCAUAAUGACUAAACAAACAAGUAAAGAAAAAAAAAAAAAAAGUAACAAAAAUUGGUCUGUGAUAGGGACCGGCGAAAAAGGGGAACAAACAGGAGUAGGUGCUGUUGCUUUGCCCGACACUGCUGGCUCCUGGGGGCUGGGGCAGCUGAGCAGAGCCGGGCGCUUGGUCUUGGGCUUCUUAUUUCAUUGGGUAGAGCGUUUGUUGGGUGUGACGCCUAACUGAAUGUAACUGGGGGGUGAAUUUAUUUUUCUCUUGACGCUGAAGCUUGAUGCUCUCCUUAAAAUGCAUGUUACCUGCCAAACCUCUUUUGGUCCGUAUGUGACAUUGACAUGAGGGAUUAUUUUAAACUCCAUGUUAAUGGCCUUUACUCCAGACUGUGAUCACUUAAGUUCAACGUGGUUGAAGUUCAUAUGCAGCUGGCACUGUUGUAAUCCAUUUAAAUUUUUUAUGUCACCUGUAAAUCCCUUCACGCCCCAUUUUUCAAGAAAUGCAUAUUUGGAGUUGCAAAGUAACUGCUUUUCAUAACUUAAAAUCCUUCCCGUGAACAGAUAAGUGCUAUGGCAACAAACAGUCCGCUUUGCAAAGCUGAAAAUGUAAAUUGCUGUAUAUUCCUUUUUACAGCUCUUUUUCCAUAGUAUUACAGUCUUCCCUGUAAACUCAGUUUUCCAUACUGUUGUGCACAGAGGACUGGGCUAAAACACCCACCUGGAAAUUAGGAAUUGGUUAGCAAAGCUUGUCAGGUCUUUACGCGUUUUGCUAAAUUUGAGGCCUGAGGACCAAAGCCUGCAAACCUUGCUCGUGUAAGCGGCUCUGUCGACUUCCGUAGGACUGUGUGCAUGAGUCAGUUUUGCAAAGAUUGUAUUUUAUGUAAUCCGUAUUUAAUGUUAAAGGUAAAGAUACCGAAUGGUUUAUAUAUCUAGAGUUGUCUAUGAUAAAGAUUUCUUUUAAAAUACUAUAUAAAAGCUAAUUUGGAUUGUAGUUUCUCCCUGUCUCGCUCUAAUCGUUCAUCUUAGUUUUGUAAAAUCAGCCCUCCUAUAUUAAUACUCUUAAUUUUGAUCAUCCUGCUGCUUGGAAAAAAAGUAUUUUUAUAUUUACUUGCAUCCCAUGUAUAGCAAAAUGUUACGUGAAAAGCGGUAUAUAUAAAAUUGGAUAUUUUUAAUCAGUAUUUUUCCCGGCACUCAGUUUUCACGGUAGUUAAAUUCAAAAGUAAUGUUUGGGUUUUUUUAAAGCACAAUCUAAUCUUCAAUAUAUAUAUAUACACUUUAAAAAUGCUCUGUAUUUUUAAUCAUGCACUGUAGUGAAAGCGCUUUUGGGACAUGAAUGUGGUAUUGUAUUUAAUCUCUUUCAACUUUUGUAAAUACCUUUUACAAAUAUUUUCCAUACCGAGUCAUCUAGUUUGCCAUGGAGGUUUUUGCUGUUUUGUAGAACUGGUUCCAGUGACAGUGGCUGCACUGCUUUUCUAUUGCCAUUGCUAGGAGCAGCUCAUACGAGUUCGCAGGGACGUGCAGGUGUCGCCUUGUCCCCUGCGGAUAAACCCGGACACGGGAUGGGACACACUUGCUCCAGUCGGUGGCAGAAAUGGGGCUAAACCCCAAAUCUGGCUGCUGCCGGCCCUUUGCUCCGAGGGCUUCGGCUCCCUCGGGGGCAGGCGGCAGCGUCUCUGCGCUCCUCUACAUCUGCUGCCCUCCGCGUCGGAGCAACACGGCACAGGUGACAUGGGGUGACGCUCCCCGCCUGUGCCCCCCUCCCACGGGCCGAGCCACCGACCUUCUGUCUGCGGCGGCUGCUGCGUCACCGGCUGACGUAACCCUGUAAGACGGGCUUCAGCCUGUCCUCUAUCAGAAAUCCUGGUAGGAUCGUAAGUGUUUUUAAACUUCAUACUUUAAGACAUAAUAUUUGAAACUACUGUAGUAUUUUCAAUACAUUCACGUUUUUGCAAAACUAACAUGGGUAGCAAUUUCGUUGGAAGUACACUCCUCGCCUAUAGAUAACCGACCUGUUGUGUUCGGGGUGUUAACGCUUUUAAAAGUGGUAUUGGGUGUCAGAGUGCCGUGUAUAAACUCCGGUGUAAUUCAGUGCUGUACUUAGUAGUGCGUCCUUCCAGCUGUGAUUCGCUUCUCAAGACUCAUUGCAUCGUUCGUGUGGAAAAUAGACCAGUGUCAAUCUUCGCUCUUCGAUGGUGUAGAAGUUUUUUUCAGUGUGAUUUGCCUCACGUACUGAUCCGCAUUUGGCAGCUAAUGACGUAAAUGACCAAUAAGUUCUCUUUGUCUGGGUUGGAAAAAUAAAAGGUUUUAUUGUAUCCGCAUGUAUUUUAAACUUUCUGGGUAAUUCCGUCGAACUGUGAUGACAGUACAUGUCGAGGUUGAUCUUCUCCUGUUACUCGGAAGCGGUAUUCGCUGCGCUAGCGCUGGCAGUGGUGGUUCCACAUCCCGUUUUGUACGUCAGACUUGAGAUGAUGGUGUUUGCACAACGGUGUUCAUGUAAAAAAUACUUCGGUCCGAAGAGAUGAUGUGUGUGUAUGCUUUUGACGUGUGUGAUCCGUAGGGAAAUACUAGAUUCUGCUGAUAAUAUCGUUAAAAGUAGUUACAAAUAUAUCAGAGUUAUUUUUUACACCUGCCUUUAUUUAUGACUUCCCUGACCGCCCGAUCGAUGUGCGACGUCGCGGAGUGUUUGUAGGCGGGUUUCACACCUCAGCUGUGCCAUUGUGACAAAGCUUCAAAUAAACGUUUACUGAAACUUUC